AGUUCGGCUCGGGCAAGGUAGGGGGGAACGCUGAUCGGGUUUGUAGCAGAAGCAGAAAGCAGCGCCGUGAAAACACUGGACUGUCCGAAAAAUAGCCCAAAAUAUCGGCGAGUCCGCUUCUGGUUCCGAGUCGCUGUCCUUCCACGCAGCAUUCACGCAAAAACUAAAGUGCGGACCGCAGGAUGAACGGAGACUCCGGCGCUGGGGUGGUGGCGGCCACUCCACCCACAAACCCGCCACAUAAAGAGCGCUACUUUGACCGAGUGGAUGAGAGCAGCGCCGAGUACCAGAGAGAGAGGAACAUGGCGCCUGACCUCCGGCAGGACUUCAACAUGAUGGAGCAGAGGAAAAGAGUGUCCAUGAUCCUGCAGAGCCCGGCGUUCUGUGAUGAGCUGGAGACCCUGAUCCACGAUCAGAUGAAGAAGGGGAAGAACCCCGCCAGCCUGCUGGCCCUGCAGCAGAUUGCCGACUUCAUGACCACAAGCGUGCCCACCAUGUACCCCGCCACCCCGCAGGGAGGCAUGGCUGCGCUCAAUAUGAGUCUGGGUAUGGUGACCCCAGUGAAUGAUCUCCGGGGCUCAGACUCCAUCGCCUAUGAGAAAGGAGAGAAGCUGCUGCGCUGUAAGCUCGCUGCCUUCUACCGCCUGGCGGACCUGUUUGGUUGGUCUCAGCUUAUCUACAAUCACUUAACUGUCAGACUGAACUCUGAACAGGAACGCUUUCUGAUUGUCCCGUUCGGACUUCUAUACAGCGAAGUCUCCGCCUCCAGCCUGGUGAAGAUCAACCUGCAGGGCGAGAUCGUGGAUAGAGGCAGCACUAACCUGGGUGUGAACCAGGCCGGAUUCACCCUGCACUCCGCCAUAUACUCGGCCCGUCCUGACGUCAAGUGCAUCGUGCACAUCCACACUCCUGCUGGCGCAGCGGUUUCAGCUAUGAAGUGUGGCCUCCUGCCCAUUUCUCCCGAGGCUCUGUCUCUGGGUGAGGUGGCCUACCAUGACUACCACGGCAUUCUGGUGGACGACGAAGAGAAGAUCCUCAUACAGAAGAACCUCGGCCCCAAGAGCAAGGUGCUGAUUCUGAGGAACCAUGGGCUGGUGUCAGUAGGAGAAACUGUAGAAGAGGCUUUUUACUACAUUCACAACCUGGUGACAGCCUGCGAGAUUCAGGUCCGCACCCUCGCCAGUGCAGGUGGCCCUGAUAACCUGGUCAUGUUGGACCCAGGGAAGUACAAAUUACGUCCUCAUCACCCAGAACCCGCUGGUGAUGGGACGAGCCCGCAUCCCAAGUGGCAGGUCGGGGAGCAGGAGUUCGAAGCCCUCAUGCGGAUGCUGGAUAAUUUGGGCUACAGGACCGGCUACCCGUACCGCUGCCCGGCUCUGCGCGAAAAAGCUAAAAAGUACAGUGACGUCGAGAUCCCGCCGUCCGCCACGGGCUACUCGUACGCCGAGGACAGCGACUCGGGCGCUCGCUCUCCGCUGAAGCACAGCUUCCAGCGGGGACAGCGCGACAAGACCCGCUGGCUGAACACCGGCCGGCCGGAUGAUACCCCCGAUGAGGGGCUGGAGGGCAGCGGCAGCCCCAAGGCGAAGACUAAGGUGUGGACGAACAUUACACACGAUCACGUCAAACCCUUGCUGCAGUCUCUCUCGUCCGGUGUCUGCGUGCCAAGCUGUAUAACCAACUGCUUGUGGACGAAGGAGGAGAGUGUCCGACAGGCUGCUGUGGCCAAUCAGUUCGUUCCUCUCAACACCAAUCCUAAAGAGGUGCAGGAAAUGCGCAACAAGAUCCGUGAGCAGAACCUGCAGGACAUCAAGACAGCAGGACCUCAGUCUCAGGUGCUCACAGGAGCUGUGGUAGACCGUUCCUUUGUCCAGAGAGCGACGAUCUGGCAGGACGCUCCUCUGUCUGACUGUUUGGAGUGUAUCGAUGGCCUUGACCUCUCAGACAGCUAUAGUCCUGCUAGGUCUGUUAGAAAGGGGGAGCUAGUGACCGCCUCUAAAGCUAUCAUUGAGAAGGAAUACCAGCCACGCGUGAUCGUCACCAAGACCGGACCAAAUCCGUUCAAUAAGUUGACCGACCAGGAGCUGGAGGAGUACCGUAAAGAAGUGGAGCUCAAACAGAAAGGACAAGAUGUACAGGUUGCUGCUCCCGGCAGAUCAUCGGUCUCAGUUUCAGGAGGAGUGUCCACUCCUCCUGCCUCCUCAAAUCACAAUUCUGAGGAGAAUCAGCUCAUGGCAGCUCCUUCUUCUUCUGAUGCUGCCCCAGACCGAAGUACAGAACCUGAGGCAGGAUCAGGAAGGAUCAGUCCUUCUGGUCCUCCGGAAUCUCCACACAAGGACUUUCACUGUGCUGUGCUGAAAGCCCUCAGUGUCACUACAGACUUGUCCGGGCAUGAUGAGCCUGAACAAGACGGCCAAGCUGAAGAUCAACCACAGGAGUCAGAGGAGUUGGGGAAAGGUCCGAGCCCCACCCGUACCCCGCCAAGCACUCCGAUUAGAGUAGAAGAAGAACGGCAGCAGGAGCAGAGCCCUAAAGACGAAAGCGACGCCGCCACUUUAAGACAGACCCUCCCCGACCUGACCCCCGACGAGCCUUCGGAAGCCACCACCUCCGCCCUCCCUGCCGAAGACCCCGCCCCCUCUCAGCCGGACCCCGUUCCAGCUCACAUAGACGGGGAGGAGCCAGUCGCCGCUGACGACGCCACCGGUGAUGCCGCAGGCGACGCGGGCAGCGACGAGUCUCCCAACAAAUCCCCUUCAAAAAAGAAGAAAAAAUUCCGCACCCCAUCAUUUCUAAAGAAAAACAAAAAGAAGUCCGAGUCCUAGAGAGGAAGGAAACUCCUAGGAGAACAAGCCACAUGUUCCUUUUUCUUGUUUUAAUUUGUUUUAUUUUUAAAAAAAAAUCUUUUAGCUAACCUCGUGUUCACUUUUAGCUUGUGAAUGUCGUCAAUUUUUUGUUUUCUGUAAUUUUUUUUUUUUAAACGUGUUUUUUUUUUUUGUGUGUGUGUGGCUUCAUUACGCAUGCGUGUCUCCGCCCACCUUUUAGCAGAGAUUUAUUUUAACUCCCUGCUUUUGUAAGAAAAGAAAAGAAUAAAUUUACCAAGCUUAAUUAACCACUAAGAAUGUAAUCGGAUUGUAUAAAAAUGUAUUCAAGUGUCUUGAGGAAAAAAAAAAAAAUAGGAAUGCGAUUUAAAAAAAUAAUAAUAAUAAAAAUUGAAACUGGUUCAAUCUGGUUUAAGAAAAAAGAAACAGAAAUAAAAAAAAAAAAGCAGCACGGUGCUAAAAUUGUCUAUUAUAUCGAUUUGCGUCGCAUUUGGUCAUCUUGCCAAGCAGGUGACCGGCUAACACUCUGUAGCUGAUUGUAAUCUACUGCGGGAUCAAAUCGAUGGACGCCGUAAAAAACAAAAAACGGCGAGGAGACUCGGCUUAGAGGGAACGGUGACGUUUUCGACGCGGAACAGAUUCCGUGAUCUAACUAAUCGAAGCUCGGAAGACGUGUGUAAUCGUAUAAAAAUGUAUAUAGCGUAACGAAUCUUCACACUUUCCUCAUUAUCGUAGUUUAAUUUCCUAACCUUUGAGAUUUCUAUGUUUUGCGUUUUAUAUCUAAUGAAAGAAAUCUUCACUCAAAGCCGUCGAAAUAUUUUACACCGUCUUUACAUCGUCCUUGACUCUCUCAAAUUCUAUUAUGUUUAUUCAGAUUCAUCAUAAAUCUUCUGAAAGUUUGUCCCCAGCUGUAAUUUCCCGUCACGCUACAAGUCGAAUACCUUCAGCCUUGUAACUAUAACCAAUAAAAAUAUAUAGAAAUAUAGAAAGAAUCUGAAUUCUAGCGUUCGUCCAGCUACUGUAGGAGUCGUGGUGAUUUUCCCGGUCUCUCCGUGCCGUGUGCUUCAUUUCAGCUCGGUUCUAACGUGAAAUAUAUGAAACGUUAAAGAUUUCGUAGUCCCUCUGUCAUAAACGUCAAGCGAAAGGCGGAGUUUCGGAGAUUUAGUAAAAUGACAAAAAUAAUGUCGUGAUUAAAAUCAGGCCCAGUUUCAGCUCAGAAAAACAUUACAGCAACACUAACAGGUCAAAAAGUACUAACUAAAAUUGUUUUCGGAAUAAUAUGAUGGAUUAAUUAUUCAGACUCUUAAGGCAAGACGCUACAGAUGGAUUUAAAAAAAUAAAAAAUAUAAAAUCUGUAUUUUUUUUUCUGUUUUAUUGGAAAGAUUUUUUUAAAAAUUUGCAAUUUUUUUUUCAGUUCAUGCAAAUGAGGCUUGGUUUGAUUAAAUAUGCAUAAGUUUACAUACUCUUUAAAAAUAAAACUGCUGAUCUCUGGAUGAUUUUGAAAUUAAGGCGAUUAUUUAUAACUCUCAAAAGAAGAGAAGGAAAGGCUUUUACAGAAACGUUGGAAAAUUAUUUCUUUACUGAAAAUUUAUUUUUAUUAUUUUUUUUCUUUUCUUUUUUUUUAAAAAAAUAAUAUUUUUUCUCAAUAUAAAAAUCACACAAAUCCCCCGAUUGUCAACAUUUCCAACAGAAUAUUAUUUUUAAAUUUAAAAAUAAAUUAAAAAAUAUAAUAAAAGCAAUAAAAAAAUAAAAUAAGAAUGAAACAUAUAUUAAAUCUGAUUUUUAAGGAAAGGAGACUGAAAAUGCAGCAUGAGUUCAUAUGUUUCGAGUGGGUGUGAGCGAUAAAGUAAAAAGAAACAGAUUGGGGAUACGACGCGACGUGAUUGUGACGAGUGGGCGGAGCUUAAUGCCCGAUUCGAAGUGGCUACGGUUCGGUAAAAACCAAAAGAGUGAAAUCUUUAUUGCUAGACGUGUAGGACGUCUUUUCGGACAUUUUUUUUUUUUUUUACCCAAAUUAAUCAAAAGAGAUUGUCAGAAACGAGCGAUUCUACCUGUAGUGUCUUGCCUUAAAGGGAUAAUUAACCUGAUUAUAAUAAUUAAUCAUUAUAUUUCAGCCUUUCUACUUCCAUCACUCUCCGUAAUAAAGGUGUACUUCUUGGACUUUGUCGCUGCUGUGCUAUCAUCCAGGGGCAUUUCACGAGGUAUCUUUAUACCUUUAAUAAAGAAUUCACUGCUAAUUGAAGGUUCCAGUAAAAGGUCGCGAUGGUAGCAUCGGAGUGACCAGGAAGAGUCCAGUUUAGUACCUUUCAGUGUCCACUUAAAAACCUUUCAAACAACUCUCGAGCCCUGUGGUUUAUAUUUUUCUCAUAAUUUUUCCGUGCCACAGACAUGAGUUGCAGUGUAAACACGGAUAAAACACUGUGAGAACAUGAAGAGGAGGGAUGAGGACUGUCAUCUUUAUUAUUUCUGUCCUGAAUAUCUCUCUCACACACACACACACACACAGCUGCUGCUUCUCUGGUGUUGCUCUCAGUGUGUAUGUGCUGUAGUAUACAAGUCCCAACACGUGAUGUGAAAGCGAGACAGAGACUGCUGCAUUAAACUACAGCCACUAACACCCCCCCCCCCCCCCCGGGUCUCUCCGUCUCCCUCUCUUUUUCUCUCUCUCUCUCUCUCUCUCUCUCGCUCUCUCUGAGUGUGUGAAAAAGCCAGCUGGAUUUUUUUUAUUUUAGUUUGUAGAUUUAUUCUGUGCUGUAGGAAAUCGUGACAUUCACGCCGGAUCCGCUCGUAUCUCUCCUCCAUCCUGCGAAGCUCGGGUUUCUGUGUGACGAUACGAGGAAGUUUCCAGAAGAAACCUCGUGCUUUCAAACACCGCCUCCUUCAUCUUCUUCACCGCUCUGUGAAUUCAGUUCAUCUCAUUACUGAGCUUUUGUUUUAUGAUACUCGUUGAUAUAUGGUUUUUUUUUCUUCCCUGACAAUAAUUCCCAUUCUCAUUUUCAUACCACUGAUUAUUAUUAUUAUUAUUAUUAUUAUUAUUAUUAUUAUUAUUAUUAUGAUCAUGAUCAUGAAUAAAGUUUCUUCUUUCAAAA